UGCUCGCGUACAUCCAAGUGACAGCUCCGUAUUCCUUUAUGCGGCGAAGUCAGGGGCCACUGACGGCGCUGCCCGGGCUCAGGGAUGAGUCAAAUUUCAACAGUAGAUCAUGUCGAAUCCCUCAUUGUCUCUUAUCGCUGUGGCAGAGAGGCGAUUGCGGCGAGCUUGGAGCAUUUGCUGGUCCCCAGUACCCGCUUCCACCCUUGGUUCGGAGCAAACUCUAUAUAAAUCGGUCUCGCCGUUGCAGACACCAACAAAUACCAAUCCUGUCCAGGGGCCACCUGAACCAAAAGUAAAACUUAUUGAGAGUGAUUGCUCAUGUCUACCCCGACCAGGCAGUUCCACGGCCUUUCCAUCACUGGUGAUAUGCCCAUGACACGCCCCCAGACCCCGAGAGAGCCACCCACCGAUGACAGCGAUAGCAGCGAGCUCCAUGAAAGCGACAGCGAGGAGAGCCAUGCUGAUGGGGACUCGGUUGUAUCCUCCAUACGCGGAAAAUCAGGGAUUACCUAUGACCUUGCCAAACUUGAUUCUGACUCUGAGGCCAGGGCUCUUGUUGGGCUGACAAGCCAGUUCAAUGUGGCCAGCUGCUGUGCGACGCCAACAGGGUUUGAUUUCCAACUCACAGAGCAACCUCGGGUUCACAUCGGGUCAGGAGGAUAUACGUGCACCUGCUCGACAUUUUCUGCCCGACCCAGCGUGGUCUGCCAACAUAUCUUUUGGCUUCUUGAUCAGCUUCAUGGCUGUUUUAUCCCACAAUCUCCUCCCUCCGACAUACCUCUGUCGAGCGAUGGACGUCUAGCGGAAUUUGAGCGGGUGGAACACCUCUUGGACGGCAAGCUGGAAAUCAUUGCAGACCAGCUGAGAUGGCAAUAUGUUCGCUCCGAAGCCGAGGGUGGAAUGAGUCGCCAGGAGAUGGUCCGGGACAUUUUGUCUGCCUUCAGCACGGUUAUACUGCCAGAGGACUUCCGUCUCGACCUUCUGGAUGACGCAGGACAGUCGCGCACUCCCGAACAGUGUGUUGUGCAGGGGGACUUCGAGGCCACGAUGUUUCGGCUCGCCGUGCAUGAUGACGGGGUUUAUUCUAGCCUCUGCAAGGCGAUGCCCAUUGGAGCCUGCGCGGUGAUCUAUUUCGACAAGGUGCACCACCGACUGCGAACCUUACUGGCAGAUUUCGAUCGGUAUUGCCUAACGGGGCAGGCUCCGAAUGCAGCCGUCACCAUGGACAUUGAAACUGUAAUCAAAGAAAUCCAACGCAACGUUGAUCGGGUCCGGGAAAACAUCAUCACUCGAGCACCGCAUGGAAUGGAGGGGGCUGCCAAAACCUUGGUCACCCUGCUGGAGGAUAUCUGCAGUCGCAAUAAGGAUGCGUUAGAAGGGAACGAUUGGGGCCGAACGACAUUCCACGGGGAGGAUGAGGAUCAACGCAAUUUGUUCCAUCGGCUUAUUGGAGGAACUGCUGAGGAGACGGGGGAACAGUUUAUUCUCGACGCCCUCGAGCAUUUGCCAGCUUCAGACCUUCACCAAUUUGUGGGCAGACUGAAGGCCAUCCUACACCGAAUUGAAGUGGAUCGAGCCCCAAAGGCUUUUAUACUCCGAUUCAGCACGUUGAUCCGUGCUGCGGAAUCUCCCAAUGCCAACGCUGGGCAGAAGCGACCGUCUUCAGCUACGAGUCGGGGCGACAGCAAGCGAACUCGGUGAAAUUGGGGGAAUUCAUUCGCCGACUGUUGGAGAGCAACAGUGAUUGAUUACUGCAUGACUGGGCGGCUAUCUCAUUGGUAUUAUUCUACACUAUUUGUCUGCAUCGCGAAGCGCAAGUUGGUUCAAUUGAUUAUCUUGAUAGCUGGCACAAUGAUUCUUGUCUACCUCACCAGCUGGUCUGGGAUCGUUAAUCCUUCACCAUGACGUGAUACCGUUUCCUUUGUUCU